UUGAUGAUAAAUUUAUACCAUGUACUGAAAAAUUUUGUAAUUUUGCUAAUUUCACUUAUACAAGGGAUCAGGUUGAUUUAAUUGUUAGAUUGGCCAAACAAAAUUGGAUGGAGGUGGAAGAUAAAGUUAAAAGUGUUAUCAUUGAAACUUGGAAAAAGAAACCAGAAAGUCUUCAAGAAUCAAAGAAAAGUUACGAUGAAGAAAACACUGAAUUAAGAAAACGUGCUGUCUAUACUCCUUAUAGAUCUAUCCAGAAAAAAUUCACAUAUCCAAAAUUAUAUAUGCCUAUAAGUAGAAAAGCUCUUACUGAAUGUGCUAGAUAUGGAUGGAUUAAUAUUGAUACGGAUUGUCUUGAAUGUGAAUAUUGUGAAGAGAGGUUAUUGGUUAAUACAUCAGAAGAUGUAGAUAUUG